GCGCCAGUAUCGCUCAUGUAAAACUAAAUUUAAAGCGCACAUACGCAUGUGGGAGUUAUUUUUUCUUACUAAAUGCGUAUUAUGGGUUAUUCGGGAAAUAAGGAUUACGAUACGAGUAAAGCUCCUUAUUUAGAUGUAGUCACCGAUCCCUGAGGUGAAAUAAUUGCAAUAGUCUUGAAGGUAAAUAUUUUGUCACUGACGAUGAGUGAAGAAAAAAAGUGUAAGGUUAAUCUCCCCAAGGAUUGGACUGUCGUUACUUCCAACAGUCACCCUGACAGAGUUUAUUAUUUCAACGUACGUACCGGGGCAUCAUCUUGGACGGAACCACGUCAUGACGUAAACAUGUCUCGUCCUGCAAAGUUAACGUCGAAACGAAAAUUGUCACCUGACAUUGAUCCAGGUGAGAUUGCUGUGCGGAAAUCGCCUACCACAGAACUGUCUCCACGUCAAUUAUUGUCCGCCAAGAGGCGUUCGCGAGUUAACGUGCCAAUAGAUACGCCACAAAUGCAAAUGAUGAGGCAGAAGAUGCAGAAGAAGAAUAAAUCUGUGCCAAAUGAAAAAGCUAAAUCGAAUAAAGCUGCAAAAAAUAAAAACAAUUACGCGGUAUCUACGUCUGCUAAAGGUCCAGGGAAAAGCAACGACCUUCAGCAAUCGCAGCGUAGAGAAUCUGCAGUUGUGGGUGCUGCAAAAGCAGUGACGUCCAGCAGCACGUGUCGUUUGCGCAGCCAGGCGAGUCGAGUGAGGCAGACGAGUGAUAUUCCAAAGUCUCGUGACACAAGAAAUACUGUCCUCAAAAAAAAUAUAGCAAGCAAGAGAUUGGAUAGCUUGAAAAAAAAUUUAAAUGAAUCGCGCAAGAAAAUAGAACCCACCAUCUCUGCCCUGGUCGCGCAGAGGCUGCUGACGCAAAAAAGUGACAUGGCGAAUAAUGACAAAAACAAAUUGGGAAACGAGAUGCGAGAAGCAAGAACGAUAAUUCCUGAGCCCUCUAAUGCAUACAAGGAAGGCAGCCCGUUGGACGAUCUUGUGACCAAGGUUCCUUUCAAACCUAAAAUCCGCAAAAAAAAAAAAAGCGCAACUGUGGCAAACACUGGGGGUGAGUCUGCUGCCGGGCCUCAACAACCCAUUCCGCAACCCGAAGAAGAACAAAAUACUUUUUGGGAGGAAAUGGAUUGGGAACCAAUUGAGGAAGAAAAAUUAGUAGUCCAAAUUCAAGAGGUUCGGAUGCAGCUUCACUCUAAUGAAGGCGUUUUAUCCAAGGAACUCCCCGAUUACACCUCGAGUGGCCUAGAUCUUUCACACGUUUCUGCAAAUAAGGAGACGGAGAUCACGUACAUCGUUGUAGACACAAACGUUUUUUUAUCAAAUCUGAAAACUAUCGUAGACAUAUUGGAGAAUCCCGGCCAACUCGGAGUCGUGGUAGUGCCUUGGACAGUACUGCAGGAGUUGGAUUACAUAAAAGACAAUAAAUCAAAAAGCAAAACAGUUCAUCUGCAGCACAGCGCGAGACUCGCGGUGAAUUUAUUGUUCCAAUGUUUCUCCAGUAAACACCCUAGAGUCAAAGGUCAAUCCGCAGAAGACGCGGCGCGGAUAAAAAGGAAUUUUGAAAUCGAGUCUCCGGACGAUGAGAUAUUGCAAAGCUGUAUGCAAAUUCGUGAGCUUGGAUGCACAGUGGUAUUAUUAUCCAACGAUAAAAACCUAUGCAACAAGGCCAUGAUACACGACAUACCCACCUACGGCCGACAUCACUCUAUCCAAGAAUUACUCACCCCGAAGACAAAGGCGAGCGAAUACAGGGACCCAAAUUCGAAUCUAAAAACCUUUACCAUGAACUACAACGAACUAGUUACUACGGAUGAGGUGCAAAUCUCCGACGAAAUUUAUGGCGAGGCUAAAGCUGUCGUCAAGAACUUUUUGUCAACCAUCGUUUCAACGGAGAUGGAAAAUUUGUACGAAAAGAACUGGGAGAAGCACACGAUCGUCCAGCCUCCGUGGUCUGUGAUGGACGUUCUCAAGUGCGCGACCAAGCAUUGGAUCGCUGCAAUUAGCAACGCGUUCGUGAGAUCGGCUAAGUCACAAAUGGAAAAACUGUCAGAAAUGUUCAAAGAUGCUCCAAAAUACGGCCAGAGUCUCAAGUACGUUAGCGAAGUCCUAGAUGUGUGCCAAAAUCUCGUUCAGUUGGUAGAUUCGAAAAAAUAUGCCCAAUUGGCGAACGAAACAUUCUCCCAAAUUCAAGAGCUUGUCAAAGUUUGCCAGUUAAAAUCGCAAGAACUGAAGGAAAAAAGAAUCGUAUCUUAUCUGUGUAACGAAAAAAAUCUAUCAAAUUAUGGGAAAAAAGCCGACAAGGCUUUCAGUUUUUUGGAGAAAAUUUGGAAUUUCACAAAUAAUUUUUGUGGAAUGACUACUAAUCUGACAGAGAUGCCUCAUGAUCCAGUUUACAAGAGAUUUAAUCAAGAGUUGACGCCUGAGGUUAUGAAUGAAUUGCAGCCGGCAAUAUCAUCGAGUCUGACCAGACUGAUCAAUGCCUUGCAAACAGUAUUAAACGACGACGUAUUUUUAUCCCUGUCGCAUCCGGCAUUGAUAGAACUGUACAGGAGCCUCAUGAGCUACUUUCCAAAUGGUGGAGAGCUGAACGAUUCGUGUUCGUUGGAACUCGAGGACGUUUUCUGCUGCGUUCUAACAAGAAGUGACGCCUUGAAAUCGGGUCUGACGCAGUUGCGAGAACUGAACCGUCAUAUUUGUUGCAUGGCGCAACACAGACUGGAAUAGAUCGUCGUUCGUUAUUGAAUUAUUUUAUUUAAAGAAAAAAAAAAACGUGUAACGUUUUCAAAUAUCUUCCUGCCCGGCGUUUCGUAAUGAUGUCCGCAUUUCUGGCUGCUAUAUUUUAGGAUUCUAUAUCUUAAGGUCGCGGUGGACGCGUUCUAGAAACGCAAAUUAUUUAUUCGUUCAAACAAACGAUAUUUUAUUUCAUUUUAUUUCACACACGGGUUACAUCACCAAUGCUGUUAUUGCUGGUCGUCGGCAUUCUUUAUUUAUUCGAUUAUUUAUUUUUUUUUUUUUCCCCGUUUUCAAAGGCUGUGAAUUACAUUAGAUUUUAAUCCAACGCGAAUACCUACAAUGUAGUACAGUAUGCGCCUGAGAGAAACUUGAGAUUCGAAAGGCAGGUAUAGAAAUAUUGAGCGAUAAAGUUAUAAAAAUUGUAGAUAGUAUUUCUUCAAGAUUUUUGUACAAAUGUAAAUCAUAAUAUGAAAGGAUAAAGAUAUAUUCUUUGAAAAUUAUACGUUCCAGAAACAUCUUUGAAUUGA